UGAGGGGGCGGGGUGUUUCCCCUUUUGGCCACCUGACCUCUUGCUCGUUGGUGCCCCUGCCCUUGGUGCAGCUCUGUUGAGGCGCUGUCCAGAGUGCUGCGCCCGUGGGUUGCCACAACGUGUACAAGAGAAAGUGUUGACAAAGCACAUUUGACAUUUGAUAUCUAGUCAAAGUGAAGCUUUCAAAAUGAGGUUAAUUGCCUGUAACUUACAAAUAUUCAUGUGUAAAGCACAUGGACUGAUCCAAUCACUUGAUUCUUGAGACCUUUGAACAAACAGAACUCUGGCAUCAUUCGGAUGUUGGUGAGUUCCUCAGCCUGGUUUUCUUGUGUUUGUCUGUCUUUCCCUCUCCUGCCGUGUCUUCAGUUGGGGUGUGUGUGUGUGUGUGCGUGUGGUUUUUUUUUUUGACCUGCUGUCCACCUGGAUCUCCGCUCUCACUUGGAGCCAACCUGGUGUCAAUCCACAGUCUAGAAGAACACACGUUUGUCAAAAACUCUUGAUAAUCAAAAACGUUUUUCUUAAUGCUCAUUUCGGGAGUCACUGUUUUAUCCUGGUUGAGGAGUGCAAGGUCAAAGGGCAAAAGCAGAAAGUGCCAACCAGGCAGACACAGUUCUGAUAAGGAUGAGAGGACACCAGGCACCAUACAGCACUCCACCAUUACAUUACUAUAGUAAUACUAUACUAUUACUAUGUCUUCAUUCAUGCCAGGAGACCACACAUUGUAUGUGAUUGGAUCUUGUAUUGCGGCGGGAGGACCUGCUCCUCCCAGACGCCAGUUUCGGGCAAAUCUUUCCUUUGAAAUCCAACAAGAAGUACAAACCGUAAUGUUCUUCCUGAUGUUGAUUAGUUGUUCUUCCCGCCUGCCGGCUGCCAGAACUGCUCACUGCCUUUGCAAAUGCAGCGCUGAUACUUGACCUGUGAUCUGACAAAUCUGCCAGAACGAGAAAAGUUGUUCAGCUGAAUUCUUCCAGAUGUCCCCAACCGGGGUUUCAAUUUUGAUCACACAUUUUUUCACCCUGAUCAUAAGCUUUGACCCUGCUGAGGGAAACACCUGCUUUGGACUGAGUGACAUUCACAAAGGCGCAUGGAUGUGGUCUGAAGGGGCGAAAGUCAACUACACAUUAGGCCCAAGGAGCGCCAGACAACAAAUAUGGAAGUAAACCACUUUCCCAGCUUGAAGAAAUGGAACGACUGCCCCUGUUCACUUUUUGUUUUGUUGCCAUUCAUUUUGGCCUCUACAAUAAAUAUACAAACGUCACUUAUGUGUGUGUAGACUGUUUCAUGAACAUUCAUUUUGAUUAAUGUUGGAUAUUCACAAAUGGAACUCUUGUUGAUCCAAGGGAGAAUUUCCACACCUAUUUUGAAUGUCAAUUUGAAAAGCAAAAACCCACAUAGGCACACAUAAAUCUUUUUUCUUUUUCAGGAUAAAUGGACAAACCUACAGCGCUGUAGUCUCAAGAGUUGAAGUUUCCCAAUGAGAAUGGAUGUGUCAAAAUAACAGGCUUUGAAUCAAAGAGCAAACUUAAUUCACAAAUGAUUGUCAUGAUUUUUUUUUACUAUCCAAACACUCCUCACACCUUCCAUAUUACUUGAUAUAUUUUUUACAAUAUGUUUCUAUAUCGCAACCUCUAAUACAGAAAUGAGAACUUCUAAUGACAUGCAAUUUGGCCUCUGCAAUAAAGACAUGAAUGCUCACUUGUGUGUAGACUUUGUUUCACAAGUAUUCGAUUUGGAUUAAUGUUGACUAUUCACAAAUGGAACUCCUGUUGUUCAUCAAAUGGAGUAUUUAUAUGGAGCAAUAAAGUAUGAUGUUUGAGGCCUUCACAGCAGAGAGAAUUUAAAACAAAAAUCUAGAUAAAUAAUAAAAUGGAUCAUUCAUUUCAUGUGAAAUCUCCAGGUGAGCCUGUUGGUUUAUUUUGGCUUCUAUCCAGAUACUGUGUGCGAUCUGAAAGUGUUCGCCAAGUUCAGCUGACCAACGGCAUCGUGGCGACAGUGAAAACACCCAAUCUGGAUCUUAUAAAAGAAAGCAGAGACAUUGGUCUCAUUAAUUUUCUCGAUCUCGUCCAACGUUGCAGAUCAACUCCUAAAGAGACACCAGCAUGCUCCUGUUGCUCUUCUUGUUGGGUCUGGCUCUGGGGGCCGUGCGUCCUUCUGAUGACCCUCCAUUUCAACUACAGCGGGGCCAGUGUCCCAUGUUCUGGUACAGCUUCAACGGCCGAUGCUACAAGUACGUUGCCACAAGUGUGUCCUGGGCCGAUGCAGAGAUCCGAUGUGUGGCAGAUGGAGCCAAUCUGGUGUCAAUCCACAGUCUACAAGAACAGAUGUUUGUUGAAAACCUGAUCAAGAACUUCGACCCUGCUUAUGGACGGACCUGGAUUGGACUGAGUGACAUUCACAAAGAAGGCGCAUGGAUGUGGUCUGAUGGAUCGAAAGUCGACUAUACCUAUUGGGGCCCAGGAGAGCCGAACAAUAGCCGUGGAAGGGAGCACUGUGUCGAAAUCAACGAUCCUGGCACAGUGAAAUGGAACGACCACUUCUGUUCUUAUAAUGUUCCCUUUGUUUGUGCAUCUCAUCUAAGUUGUCCUUAGGAACUGAGAUGUUCUACAUGUCUGAUUGAACCUGGUCACUGUUCACUUGUUGUUCUGUUGACAUGCAUUUUGGCCUCUACAAUAAAAAC